AUGGCCAGGGCACGCGUACGCCACGCCGGCGCCGGAAUCGCCGACGACGUCCUCCGCGAAGUCUUCGCGCGCCUGCCGGGCUUGCAGGACCUUCUCCGGUGCGCGGCGACGUGCAAGCGAUGGUUCCGCCUCAUCACGGACCCGGCCUUUCUUCGGCAGGUCGGCCUCUGGCCGGAGACGGCGCGCCGCCCGUCAGUCCUCGUCGGGAUCUUCUCCCAGAGAUCAGAGCCCGGAACACCGGUCCAGCCCUUGAAGAGGAAACUGCGUGCCCCUCCGGAGUUCUUAAGCCUUGGUUCCGGCGGCGCGCACCUGAGGUUCAACUCGUUCGUCGACGACGACGACGACGGGCUUUUCCACCUCGCGAGGCCACUGGCGUCGCGCCGCGGUUUCCUCCUCGUGCGCGUCUUGUUGCCUGACCGUGAGAAGCUCCAUCUAGCGGUGUGCCGCCCUCUGAUCGACAGGCGGGGCACACAUCUUCUCCCAGUGGCUCCCUUCGAGCCAAGCCCCACGUCCCUGGAUAGAGAUGCAGUUGGCUGGGCGCUUCUCACAAGCGCAGACAAUGGCGACGAUGGCUAUGCAAAUUCAGACGACCGGCGCCAAUCUACGUUCCAAGUUCUUCUGAUUUACACGGAUGAGGACGGACUUAUGUACACAUGCUCCUACUCCUCGUCCUUGCGUAUUUGGAGCGUGCCUACCGAGUGUUGCCGAGCUCCAGAUCUUACUAGGUGUGGGCCGCGCGCUGGCGUUGUCACCCACGGCGACGGCGGCACUGCGCAUUGGUUGUACAGAGAUAGUAGAAGCUUCUACGCAGUCGGUGUAAGCAGCGCCACGGCACAUGCCUCUUUGACCAAGAUACCAAUCGAGUUCCGCCAUGGCGGUCUACAGCCGCCAUUACUGUGCACUGUCGAGGAAGGCGGAAGUAUCUCGUUUGUCAAUAUACGAGAACAUGGCAUGCUAGAGCUUUGGACCAAGCAAGAACAGGAUGCUGGUAGCCAUGAUCAUGCUUGUGAGGGUGACUGGCUACACUCCGACUUGGCGAAUCUGGGCGACGAGAGAAUAGACUUGGUCUUCUUUGCAGAGAAAAGAGGCGCCUUACUUGUCCAGCAGGGUGGCGGGUUCUUCACUAUCGACCUCACGAGUAAGGAGAAAAUGUCGGUUGAGCUCAAGGACAAGAAAUCGAGACGUGGCGCGACCAAGUAUGUGAGAUGGACUUUUUGUACCAGUACUUGGUGCAGUAGUAUAUUUCAAAUACGAUGUAAUUUUACCACCCCUGUGCUGUACGAGAUGGACUGCGUAUUUGACCCAUGCCUUUUCUCGCUGGGCGGGUCCAAGGCGGGAGAAGAGCAAGAGAUUAAUAAACAGUUUCGCUAA